AUGCCUUCAACCUCAGAAAUCGCACACCAGUUCGACUCAAUUGAAGAUACGAUUGCAGCAUUUAAGAAUGGCGAAUUCAUCAUUGUCCUCGAUUCGCAAGACCGCGAAAAUGAAGGUGACUUAAUCAUCGCUGCCGAAUCCAUCACAGCCGCCCAGAUGGCCUUUCUGCCGCAAGCCCCCGUCCUCCCUCCCCGCAACAGCACACCCACAAAGCCAAAUGCGCCAAUCCAAAUCCAACGACAGAAAACCUCGCUAACAACUCCAAAACAUAGUGGUUUGAUAUGCGCCCCGAUCACCCCGGACCUUGCCACCCGCCUCGCGCUCCCACAAAUGGUAACCGAGAACGCCGACCCGAAGUGCACGGCCUACACAGUCACAAUCGACUCAAGCGACGACUCUGUAACGACAGGAAUAUCCGCCGAGGACCGCGCACUGACAUGCCGCACGCUUGCCUCACCCGCCGCGGAGAUCGACUCCUUCCGCCGGCCGGGCCACAUCAUCCCGCUGCAGGCGCGGCCUGGCGGCGUGCGCGAGCGAUCAGGCCACACUGAGGCUGCGGUCGAUUUUUGUAAACUCGCUGGUAAGGCGCCGGCUGGUGUCAUUGCUGAGCUUGUUGAAGAUGGCGAGCUUGUUGAGGGCAUUGCGGAGAUUGGGGGGAAUAAUGGUAUGAUGCGCCGGGAUGGAUGUUUGCGAUUUGGAAAGAAGUGGGGUAUUAAGGUGUGUACUAUUGAAGACUUGGUGGUUUAUUUGAAUCAUGUUGAGGGUACUGGUGCUGCUACCAAUGGGAAGCAUUGA